AUGUUUCUUCGCACCGUCUCUCGCGCUGUUCCUCGCAGCACCGCGGCCAUCCGUGCUGCCCCGGUCGCUCCUCUGAACGCCCUGCAGACCCGCGCUGCUUCGGACCAUGCCAUCUCCAACCCCACCCUCGCCAGCAUCGAGAAGCGCUGGGAGGGCAUGCCCCCUCAGGAGCAGGCCGAGCUCUGGAUGCAGCUCCGCGACCGCAUGAAGGUUGACUGGCACCAGAUGACCCUCCAGGAGAAGAAGGCCGCCUACUACAUUGCCUUCGGUGCCCACGGUCCCCGUGCUCAGACCCCCAAGGGUGAGGGUCUCCGCGUCCUCGGCAAGGUCGCCCAGCUCACCACUGCCGCCGUCGCCCUUUUCUUCACCAUUCACUACUUCGCCGGCCCCAAGCCCGGUACCAUGUCCAAGGAAUGGCAGGAGGCCUCCAACGAGUACGCUCUGAAGGAGAACAUGAACCCCAUCCACGGUAUCAGCAAGCCUGGUUACGAAGGCAAGGGCUUCGUUCAGAGCCCCCCUGCCGAGAAGUCAUAG